AUGCAGGAACCUAACCCUAACCCUAACCCUAACCCUAGCCCUUCAAAGGACUCAACCUCCAAUCCUAAAAGUUCAAGGGAAGAAGAAAGCAGCCUGAAAACAGCUCUUGAAGUGUUGAUUGAGUCCAGCACUGGUGAUAAGGAUACCGGUCGCGGCGGCGGUGAAGAUUGGAGGGUGGAUGAGAAUGGUGACAGAGUGAGUGAAGGUCAAGCUUUGAAGAAGAGAAAGAAUAAUGAAGAGAAAGAGAAUCCUUCUGCUAUUGGCCACAUGGAAGAACAACCUAAUUGUAUUUCUAUUGGUUCUUCUUCAGCACUUGAUUCCAGCUAUUCUCAGACAACAACCAACCUACAUCAACUCGAUCUUAAUAAGGUUGAUGAUGACGUUCAACGAAUGGAGAUAGAAGGGACCUCUAAUGUUGCACUCGAGUCAGCUGAAGAAAAGGUACAUGAACGCAAAGAUUUAGGAUUUGACUUGAAUGAAUUGCCUCCUAACGAAGAAGAUGAUGUAAUGUGA